UUAGGUGAUAAGUUUGCUUUGUAUUGCGUUUUAAAGGGACACCUGAUAUGAGUCUCUCUGACCAACUCUGCAAUGCCUGUGCAACUGGAAAUCUAUUAGAAAUCAUAACUUUACUGCAAAAUGGAGCUGAUGUAAAUAUUAAAAAUGUGUUUAAUAGGACUGCAAUACAGGUAGUGAAGUUGGGGGACUCCCGGGUCAUUGAGACUCUGCUGCAAGCGGGGGCAAAUCCAAAUGUGCCAGAUCCCUCCUGCGGUCUCACCGUGACCCACGAUGCCGCUCGUGAAGGAUUCGUGGAUUCUGUGCGCGUGCUGCUAAACUAUGGGGCCGACGUUAACAUCGCAGAUGAAAGAGGUAACCUUCCGCUGCACCUGGCCGCC